AUGCGUAACUGUUUGUAUGGAGUUUAUUUGGUAUUUUUGAGUCUCGGAAUAGAAACAGCAGAAGUCUAUAAGAACCUGACGAACAAAUGCGAUAUACCUCCUUCAGCGCCAAAAAAAAUCGAGGAAGUGAUAAACAGGUGCCAGGAUGAAAUUAAGUUAGCAAUAUUAUCAGAGGCGUUAGAAUCAUUGAAUAUCAAUGAGCACACCCAUAGCCGUGCCAAAAGGGCAGCUUUCUCAGACGAUGAAAGAAAAAUUGCAGGGUGCCUUCUACAAUGCGUCUACAGAAAAAUGAAUGCGGUGAAUGAGAAAGGAUUUCCCACUGCAGAUGGCCUUGUAUCUCUUUACACAGAUGGGAUCUCUCAAAAAGAUUAUGUUUUGGCCACAGUCGAUGCUGUCAACUAUUGCCUCAACUUUGCUCAAAAGAAGUUCAGGGUCAGCCCUAACUCAAUAGAGGUACAAGGAAUGACUUGCGAUAUUGCCUACGAUGUUUUCGACUGUGUUUCUGAUGAAAUUGCUAACUACUGUGGUCAAACCCCAUAGGAGGAGGUGUAGAAAGAUUCUAGAUGUAUUUCUGAACUAGUCCUUAUUACCAUACAAGGUGUUUCAUUAAUAUUACACGAAACUUCAAGGUCAAAUUCUCAGGGUCGAAAUAAGAUGAGAAGUUUAUACAUAUUGUCCCAGAACAACGUACCAUAAAUUCUACAGGGUGAACUAGAAACCAAAAUAGGCCAGAUUGAAAUCAACUUACCUCUAUACGAAAAUACACGGUAGAGCAGCGACAAGGCGUUAAAGAAAAAUUUUAUUUUUAGAUUUCCUUGAAUAUUUUAAGAUCCACGGAGGGUACUGCUAUGAAAUCCAUAAGGCAUUUCACCACCGUGAAUGUAUAUCGAUUUGAUCAAUAUGCCGGGAAAUAAGUAAUUCGCAUUCUGUUUGAUGAAAAUGCAUGUAACUUUUUUGGUGUACGCCACUGAUCACACUUU